GCCUACUUCUUAAAGAAAGAGAAGACGGGAGAAAUGGCGGAAACUGCAGUCAGUAUAGUUAUAGAGCAUGUGUUACCGUUGUUAGUCCAAGAAGUGAGAUUGCAAAAGGGUUUCCAAAGCAAAGUUACAAGCAUCAAAGGUCAAUUGGAGAUUAUUCAGUCUUUCCUGAAGGAUGCAGAUAUAAGGGCUGAAAAGGAAGACGUGAGCAACGUUGUAAAAGCAUGGGUGAAACAAGUAAGGGAAGAGGCUUAUCAGAUAGAAGAUGUCAUUGAUGAAUACAUACUUCAUUUUGCAAAACAACCUUUUGGGAAAAAGCAAUGCUUCCAUUUUCACCAGAAUUUUUUCCAAUUUGCCAAAAAACUGAAAGCAAGAUAUGUUAUAGCCUAUAAGAUUCAAGACAUAAGCAAUAGUCUCAAGGAAAAGAGAGAGAUGGCUGUAAGCUAUCACUUCAACACUAUAGAGCAAGGGGGACCAAGCAAUAAUGCGAGAAGUGUUACAUGGCAUGACCCUCGAAUGGCAGCCCUUUUCAUUGAGGAAGCAGAGGUUGUGGGCAUUGAGUCUCAUAGGAACAGAUUGAUAAAUUGGCUAGUAGAAGGACCAUUGAAUCGCAUGGUGAUUUCAACAGUUGGUAUUGGGGGGGUUGGUAAGACCACUCUUAUAAAAAAAGUGUAUGAAAAUGAUAAGGUGGCAACACACUUUGAUUGUCAUGCCUGGAUCACAGUGUCUCAAUCAUACAAGACAGAGGAGCUAUUAAGGAACAUGAUAAAGCAAUUCUACAAGGCAAGGAAGGAGUCUAUUCCAGUGGAAAUUGAUGCAAUGGAACAAACGACACUAAUGGAGCAUUUAAGGCUAUAUUUGCAUGAGCAUAGGUAUGUCGUAGUUUUUGAUGAUUUAUGGGAAAAAGGUUUUUGGGAUUGCAUAGAACUUGCUUUACCUAAAAAUGAAAAAGGCAGUAGAAUAUUAAUCACAUCUCGAAAUGAGGAUAUUGCUCCAUCUGAUUAUUUGUAUAAACAGCCAGUUCUACCUUUAGAAAAAGCUUGGGUUCUCUUUUGCAAGAAGGUGUUUCAACAUGAAGGGGGGCAUUGUCCCCUUGGCUUAUUUGAGUUAUCACAUGCUGUUGUUCAAAGAUGCGAAGGGUUGCCACUAGCAAUUGUUGCUAUUGGGGGUCUUUUGUCAACCAAAGACAAGGUUCUCAAUGAAUGGCUCAAAUUUCAUAAUAGUCUUAGUUCAGAGCUAAAAAGUAAUCCUCAUCUGAAGAAUAUUGCCAAAAUUCUAUCCCUCAGUUAUCAUGAUCUAUCUUACAACCUCAAAGCUUGCUUAUUAUAUUUUGGCAUGUUUCCAGAGGAUUACUACAUUAAUUGUGCAAGAUUAAUUCGACUUUGGAAUGCCGAAGGUUUUGUAAAAGAAAUGCAAGGGAUAACAUUGGAAGAGGUUGCACAAGGCUACUUAAACCAGCUUAUUCACAGAAGCUUGGUUCCGGUGGAACAAGUCGAUUUUAUUGGCAAGACUAGAAGUUGUCGAAUUCACGAUAUGAUGCUUGAGGUCAUUCUUUCUAGGUCAAAGGAAUUGGAUUUUCAUUUGGCCUCAAUGCAAAACUACCUAAAUUUUAAUAGAAUUGCUCGACGUCUCUCAAUUCAGAACAAUGUAAAAACUUCUUUGCAGAGUGCUACUAGUUACGAAACUCGUUCUAUUCUCAUUUUGGGGGUAGAUGAAGUGCCUAAUUCUUUUCUCUCUACUUGUUUUGCAAACUUCAAGUUAAUGAAAAUAAUGGAUUGUGAAGGUGCUCCUAUAGAUUACAUUCCCAAAGAAGUGGGAAACCUAUUCCAUCUAAGAUAUUUAAGCCUAAGAGAUACAAAAGUGCAAAUCCUUCCAAAGUCCAUAGGUAAAUUGCACAACCUAGAGACGUUGGAUUUGAAACGUUCCCUUGUGUCUGAGCUUCCAGUAGAGAUUAGUGGGCUUCGUAAGCUACGAUAUCUUGCGGCCUACAAUCAUAACAGAGCUACUAAUUUCAAUAUAGAUUCUUACUGUGGGGUAAAGAUACCAAAUGGCAUUGGGCUUUUAAAGUCCUUACAGAAGCUUUUUCAAAUUGAAGCCACUAGCUCGACCCUUAUAACAGAAUUGGGAAGUUUGUCACAGUUGAAGAAGCUGACGAUUUGUAAAUUGAAGAAAGAGAAUGGGAUAGAUUUGUGCACUGUGAUACAGAAAAUGAGCCACCUUCAGACAUUGGAAAUUUUAGCAACAAGUGAGGAAGAAGUUCUUAAUUUGCAAUCACUGCCUUCUCGUCCUCCCCUCCUACAAACUCUUAGCCUACAUGGGCGACUAGAAAAGUUGCCAAAAUGGAUUCCCAAACUCAAGAGUAUAGUUCAAAUUGUUUUGUUCUGGUCAAAAUUAAUGGAAGAUCCAUUAAAGGUCCUUCAAUCUCUGCCUAAUUUGAUGAGUCUUUCGCUUCGCGAUGGAUACGAAGGCGAGCAAUUACAUAUUGAGGGAAGAAGCUUCCAGAAACUCAAGGAGCUAAGGUUUCAAAAAUUGGGAGGAUUGAAUAGGCUGAUAAUAGAUGAAGGUGCCCUGCCUUUUCUUGAAUUUCUUGAAAUUGGAGAAUGCCCACAACUAAAGGAGGUGCCCUCUAGCAUCCACCAUCUGAAAAGCCUCAAAAAACUGAAAUUUACAGAAAUGCCGACCGAAUUCGUUCUUAGUCUGCAACCAGAUGAAGGCCCUGAUUUUGGGAAAGUCGAGCAUAUUCCCUGUGUUGAAUUCUGGUAUAGGACUCAUGGAGACUACUACAUUUCGUACCAACUUGGUAAUUCAGCAUUUUUAAAGCGUCUGCGAAAUUGAUUCAUGGAGGACCGAAGUGCCCACACCACUUUCACGAAAUUACAGGAAAGAUGAUUGAGUGCUUAAGUUUUAGUUGCCUAUGAAUUAUAGUUGGCUUGGCUUCAAAUGCCAAUGUUUCAAGGAUUUUCAUGAGCCAGAUCAAACAAGAUACUGCUCUUUUCUCAACCAGCCAAAACAUAAGUAGUUGUUUCUCCCAUUCAUUGUUGCAUUUGUCAUUAUAUUGUUGUAAUGUGUUAUUGUUUCUGUAUCAAGAUUGUUAUAAUUUGUAAUCUUUUCUGUAUCAAACUUAUGCUACGCAAAAGAGUGAUGUUUUAGUUGAAUUGUA